AUGGGUCAAAAAAGGAACAGAAUUUCAAAGGUUUGUGAUUUUUGCAAGCGAAGAAAAGUCAAAUGUGAUCUUGGUAAUCCAUGCUCUAUGUGUGUUAAAUAUAAGAAGUCCCCUUGUGUCUAUUCAGAACAACCUACAGAGGCACCCAAGUCUAAACAGAGAAAGCCAAGAGUAGUUAAAUCAGAGAUUACCAAUAAUAAUGAUACAAGUAGUGGUGUUGCUAGCAAUGGUAGCUCAAAUAGUGGGUAUACAAAUAGUUCUGCAUCAACUGCAGUAUCGAUUCCCAGUAGCAUGACAUAUGCAAACUCUUAUGCGAUUGAAUCAAAUAAUAACAACAGCACUGGUGUCAGCAUAAAUAAUAGUCAAUCCUGUCCUACAUUGUUCCAGAGUGCUACAACUGUUGGUGGAGGUUCUGCUAUCGUGCACAACGAACUAUCGUUUUUGAAGGAAAAACUCAAGUCAUUAGAGGACUCUAUAUUACUGAAACAAGAUACACUGCAGGGCAAUAAUAAUGCUGUUAUCAGUUCAAGCUGUAGUCCAAACGAUUCUGUGCAUAGUCAGAAGCCGUACUUUAUUCCUUCGCUCACAAACACGCCUAUUGAUCUGACUUCGUUAUUAGGUAUAAAUCCGGUGGCAUCUGAUACGGAAACAAUCAAUUUCUAUCGAGGUUAUAAUGGAACUACGGAUAAAGAGCCUCUUCAGAAACGAAAUCAUGGACCAUUGAGUUGGAUAGCCUUGACAAAAUCAGAUAAUGCCAUGAGAACCCUUUGGGCUCAUAUUCAUAUUGUGAAGGAACAGAUCCGUGCACGGAUGCUAGCUAUUUCCGACAAUGCUCCUCAAGUAGACAAAGAAUUUACGGAGAAGGCUAUAUAUGAUGAAGGACAAGACAAUUUGCGACCAUUUAGAGAUGCUGUGGAAAAGGAUCCCAAAAAGCCCCCAACCCCUGCUACUGUCACACAUUUGAAGAACAAUUCACAGUCACAGAUGUCGUUGAAUCAAAAGGCAAUGUGUCUCGGCUUACUGUUUUAUCGAGGAGGAUUAGAUCAGGAAUUGGAACUUGUUGAAAAAAUCAGAUUGGUUUUGCCAAAGCAAGAGAUUAUAUGGUUAUUAUUUAAAAGAUUUUUUACCCAUUUGUACACUGCGUUGCCUAUUCUUGAUGAAGUUGUUUUGAAAGAAGAGUUGCAGAAGUUGAUUGGGCCAGAAGAUUAUUCCCAAUCUCGAGUGGGUGUUAAAAUCGAGAAAAAAUUGGAUUUUGCAUAUUUGGGAAUCUUAUUACUUGUUCUUCGUUUAAGUUAUGUUUCGUUGUUCUCGUAUGAUUUGUCUAUUAACGAGAAUUAUUUUACUACGGACGACCCAUCACCUAAAGCUCAGCAAACCAAAUAUUUAUUGAAUAACCCAAUUAAUAUUGAUGUAGUCAGUGUUGCUCAAGAAUGUUUUAAUCAAUUUAAUAUUAUGAGGAACUGCAACAUGACCUUGAUGCAAUUGGCAUUACUUACGAGAAUUUAUCACCAGGUUGCUCCAGAAGAUGGUGAUGGUAUUGAUGGGGGUGAUUCCCAAAUUUUCACUGGUAUGUUAGUGCAAAUGGCUUAUUCCUUGGGGUUGCAUAGAGAUCCGGAUAAUGUUCCAGACUCCAGCAAAGAUCAAAAAUUAAACAAUUUGGGAAGAAAAAUUUGGUAUAUGGUUCUCGUUCAGGAUUUUAGUAAUGCAAUGAGUAGUGGCAGUAUGCUUUGUGUUAAUGUUGAUUCGUUUGAUACUAAAAUACCUUUCUAUGUUCCCGGUAAUGAGAAUGUGAUUGACGUUGAAGUUGAGAAAAUAGCUUGCAGUUGUUUUCCAAAUCUUGAAAGCACGUAUAAUCCUUUAUGUGAACUUUUGAAUAUGAUUCUUCGAGUUAAAGGUGAGGUCAAAAUGAUUGAUUUGAGUAAAAAAAUGAAAUUGAUGGAAAAUCAUUUUAAAGAUAAAUAUAGACAUUUUACGUCACCAUCCGAAGAUUCGAGAAACUCAAUGCCCGCAACAUUAAAGAAAAAGAUAUUUUUUUCCGGUAAUCUUUUCAUGGUAUCGAUAUAUAUGCAUAUUUUCAAUUAUUAUGAAUCCAAGCAAAAUGUUGAAUUGUCGUUUUUUUAUUUGAAGAAAAUGUUUGUCACAACGAUUUUUGAAACCAUGCCAUAUUUUACUGAAUAUGUGACCAAUACCAAUGACGUGUUCAAUUCAGGUUCUGAUAUUAUUGCUAUUCCAGGGUACGAGUCUGUGGCUCACAAAUCAUUGAUUGUUAUUGCAGCAAUCUAUCUUCGUCUCAUGUACCGUAUUCGAAUGUUUAAAAUUAGGUAUGAUCAUAACACUCGGAUGAACUCAGAUGCAAUUGAGGAUGAGGAGUAUAAGGCACAUUUCAAUAAGCUAAUUAAAUGUAGUGACUUGUUGAUUGAAUGUCGUGAGAUAUUUAGGUGUGGUUUAGCCAAGUUGUCCAAUCGUUACUAUUAUGCUUGGAGAGUGACCAAGGCACAGAACUUUAUUGGUUCAAUGAUAACAGACAAGUUUUUUGAAAGCUACAAGCCGAAAUGUGUGCAUAACGGUUAUUCAACAGAAAUGAUUACUGAGUUGAUAUAUAUUUUGGAAAGUACGUUGGAUAGAGUGAGAGAAAUGAAGAAAUUAAGAAAAUUGCAUCAAAAGCAGAUGAAGAAUCAGUCUCAUAGUAAACAAGUGCUCCAAAAGCUGCAUUAUCAUCAACUGUACCAACUGCAGCCGCAACAACAACUGCAACUGCAGCAACAACCUCAAUCUCAAUAUCGAUCCCAAAGUCAUUCAUGGAAUGGAACUGGAGCUAACCCUCAGUAUUCAUAUGGGGAUCAAAAUCUGCUUGGUGAGAGAAACCCAUCCCUUGAUCAAACUUCAAUGGCGUCAAAUACUAGUUCUGAUGUUGAUAUCAAUGAUUACAAGACCAAUGAUGAGAUUGAUAGUAUUUGGUUGCAAAUGAUGAAUUUAAAGAAUCAAGAUACUAUUGGGACACCGGGAAAUACCCAAUUCGGUGGUGGUGGUAGUGGUAACUGGACAACAAGUUUCCAAGCUGAUCAAUCAAACAUGACCUUUCCUCAAGUAUCAAAUAAUCCUGCUGGUGGGAAUGUUGCUAAUGUGUCACUUGGACAAGGAUCAGAGUUAGCUAGUGGAAGUAAUGACAUGGGUCACGUCAAUUACACUAAUAAUGCUGGUGGACCCGGUACAAAUAGUUUAUUUAAUCCUUUGCCCAAUCUUCCAAAUACAUUGAUUGAUAUGAAUAAUUUAUUUGAGAAUGUUCCGCUCGAUGAGUUGUUCAAAGAUUUUUCCUAG